AUGCUUCUUCGUUGUCGAAUCAAAGCCGUGCCUUCGGCUGUGAUUGUUUGGUCGAAGGACGACAUGAAUGUCGAAGAAUGGGUCAUUAACAAAGACAUCGUCACCCAGAUACAUCCGGACGGAACGUGUGAACUGAUGAAUCCCGAAGUUUAUCCAGAAGAUAGCGGUCUGUAUAAGUGCACAGCCACUAAUCCACAUGGAACUGCUGAAACCGCUGCCUACAUCAAUAUCCAAGCAGCAGCCGACUUCGCCAAAAGCACUGAGGAUGCCUCUGCAAGUGGCGAAUCAGCGAUGUUGCCCGAAGAGCCACCAAAGUUUGUCGAGAAGUUGACCGCGGAAACAGACGGCGCCUAUGAUUUGAAUUAUGUUCGACUCAUUUGUAGGCUUACCGUGGAUCGAUUAGUGAAGAUUUUGGGAGGAAAAGACACCAUCAGGCAUGAAUUAGCGGAAGAGUACAAACUGCUAGUGAAAGUUGCCGAGAAUGUGGCCAGUGCCCUUGUUGCCAAUGUAUUUGUGGAUGCUGUUCGGGAGGCUGUCAAGAGGAUUAUGGAAGAGGAAAGCGAGGAGGAAGAGAUCGAGGUGACAAAUGCACCACGAUUUGAGACCUGCAUUGAGCGAUAUGUGGUCAAGGAGAACGACACGGUCACCAUCAGUACUGUGGUUAGUGGCGACCCGACACCGUUCAUCGAAUGGUAUUUCAAGGACCAAAAACUUCAUGUGACCGAGCAAAUCAGCAUGGGCUACGAGAACAGAGUCGCUACGUUGAUCCUGAAGAAUGUGACGUUUGCUCAAGAAGGCACUUACUAUUGCCAUGCCACUAACACUCAUGGCACAACGGUACUGCCCAGUGAAGUCAAGGUUGUACCAGAGAAAGCAGGCGACACAGUCAGAAUAUCAUUGGCCAAGUACGAUAAGAAGGAAGGCAGUGAACUGCUCAUUACGAACAUCCAUGCCCACCACAUUGAGGAACAAGACGAACAGACCAUGGCGGUUCGCGACGGCGAAAAGCAGAGGGUGUCGGGACAUUGGUCGGCAGUUCCGAGCCGGCAAGAGGAAAUUGUUGAGAAGUCAGCCAAGCAAGUUCCGAGCGCUGCCGCUCCACCGGAGCAGCCUGCUGAGGCUGUACAGCCUCCUCAAGUUGCACAGCUAUCUGAGCAGCCCACGAAAGCUGCUCCACAACCUGAAUCGACGCCAGUGCCACCACCCAGGAAACACGUUCCAAAGGAGCAGGAG